ACCCGCCCUCGCCCGGGGACCCAGGGUGCGCGGACGGCCUGGGAGCGUGCGUGGCUCCGUGGUCAAGUGCUGCAUCCCGGCGCCCAAGCACGGAGCUCCUGGGGAGGGGAGGGGGAGCGGGACAUCCCCGAAGGCCGCCUCGCGGGAGGCGGGGAGGCUGCCGGGUGCACUGGGAGGGCGGGGAGCCCGCGGGAGGAGGCGGGCUGGGGGAGUGGGGCGGGCGGCGGGGAGGGAGCAGGAGCCAGGCAAGAAAGUAGCAGAAAGUGAGGCUGGCAGGCGGCGGCAGAGGCAGGAAGUCUUUGCCGGAGAGCAGUAGAAAUUAGAGCCAGGGAGGGACCGCGGCGGCAGCAGCCAAGGCGAAAGAGGAAACUGCCGAAGAGGAAGCUCUGCGGCAGCCCGAGCCUCCCUGCGCUCCGCAUCCUCCCGCUCCGCAUCCCGGCGCCGGGCAUCCCCCGGAGCCCGCGCCGCGCCUCCGGCGCCCCUUCCCCAGCGCAACCCUCGGCCGCCCUACAGCAUUAGUCUGCCAUGGCCCGGGAGAACGGCGAGAGCAGCUCCUCCUGGAAAAAGCAAGCAGAAGACAUUAAGAAGAUCUUCGAGUUCAAGGAGACCCUCGGAACUGGGGCCUUUUCUGAAGUUGUUUUAGCCGAGGAGAAAGCUACUGGGAAGCUCUUCGCAGUGAAGUGCAUCCCGAAGAAGGCGCUGAAGGGCAAGGAGAGCAGCAUCGAGAACGAGAUUGCCGUGCUUAGAAAGAUUAAGCAUGAAAACAUUGUUGCCUUGGAAGAUAUUUAUGAAAGCCCAAAUCACCUCUACCUGGUCAUGCAACUUGUGUCUGGUGGAGAACUCUUCGAUCGGAUAGUGGAGAAGGGGUUUUACACAGAGAAAGAUGCCAGCACUCUCAUCCGCCAGGUCCUGGAUGCCGUAUACUAUCUCCACAGAAUGGGCAUUGUCCACAGGGACCUCAAGCCGGAGAAUCUCUUAUACUACAGUCAAGACGAGGAGUCCAAAAUAAUGAUCAGUGACUUUGGCUUGUCGAAAAUGGAGGGCAAAGGAGAUGUGAUGUCCACGGCCUGCGGGACCCCAGGCUAUGUUGCUCCGGAAGUUCUCGCCCAGAAACCGUACAGCAAAGCUGUGGACUGCUGGUCCAUCGGGGUGAUCGCCUAUAUCUUGCUCUGUGGUUACCCUCCUUUUUAUGAUGAAAAUGACUCGAAGCUGUUUGAACAGAUCCUCAAGGCAGAAUAUGAGUUUGAUUCCCCCUACUGGGAUGACAUCUCCGACUCUGCCAAAGACUUCAUUCGGAAUCUGAUGGAGAAAGACCCAAAUAAAAGAUACACUUGUGAGCAGGCAGCUCGACACCCAUGGAUUGCUGGUGACACAGCCCUUAGCAAAAACAUUCACGAAUCUGUCAGUGCCCAGAUCCGGAAGAAUUUUGCAAAGAGCAAAUGGAGACAAGCGUUUAACGCCACGGCAGUCGUGAGACAUAUGCGGAGGCUCCAGCUUGGCAGCAGCCUGGACAGUUCAAAUGCAAGUGUCUCAAGCAACCUCAGUUUGGCCAGCCAAAAAGAUUGUCUGGCACCUUCCACGCUCUGUAGUUUCCUUUCUUCUUCGUCGGGGGUCGCAGGAGUCGGAGCUGAGAGGAGACCCAGGCCCACCACUGUGACAACAGGGCACACUGGAAGCAAGUGACCCGGCUCUGGAGGUGGAACCCAGGGGGCAGGGCCGGGGAAGGAGAAGCCCCUGGCCGGAGCAGCUCCUGCAUCAGAAACCCCACCCACCCUGCAUGGUGCACCUGCAUAGGACUGGAAGAUAGAAGGUUUUUUAUGGCCAUAUUUUAUACUGCAAUUCUGAUGUGUUCAUUUCUCACAAACUGUACUGACUGACUCAAGGGGAGCUGGCGUCACGGGAUCUGGUGCUGUAUAUAAGAAUCUUGCAAAGCUCUAACUGAAUGGACCUUCUUGCUCCCCUCCCCCAACUCCACCACUUCCGCUCUCUCAGUGUAGGCAGCCGUCUAGGGUGUAUUUUUUUCAUGGAAAAAAAAAUCAAGGUUUCAACUGGAUUAUUUAAAUAUUGGUACAUGUUGUGCAUUAGGAAUUAUUUUUUUUCUUUUGAGAUGUGUCCUUUUGAUCUCUGUUAGUUACAUGACCUCUAUCAUUUGCUCUUUAAUAUUAGUUUUACGUUAACCUUUAAGAGAUUUUUUUCCCCUCCCAGAAGGGUUAAAGGGUAUUUUUUACGAAUUCUAAGAGGAUCAAGAAUCUGUGUCCACUUCUAAGAGUGCACUUGUUACUUGUGUUCCAUUGCUCCCAGUCCCUUCUUCCAGAGGUCACCCCAACAGCUGUGCCGGGCUGGCUUCUCGCAGGGUGGCUUUUGGCAGGGAACCAGCAGAAACCGUACAGGCAGCUUCCCCUGAGAACUGCUUACCAACCACAGAAGAUAGAAGCUUGUUUCCUCCACUCUGAACUUCAGGCUCCACAUUACAGGUGAACCGCACUCCGGGAACGGGAUUCCCCACAGUGCCAAGAGUUAGGAGCCUCCCUUGAAGAAGGGACGGACGGACUGCCAUCUUGUUUUUUAAAUGAACCACACGCAGCCCUCAAUUCUCAUGGGGGAUGAUAGAUGAAACUCUGUUCUCAGCUAUGCACUUUUAAAACGAAUCUCUUUAUCUAUUUUAAUUUUUUAAAAUUCAUUUCUAAUAGUACCCUUCAAAUGGCCUAUACCACACACUUUCUCCCCAACAUUUUUACCCUGUUCUCUCAUGAGCAUUACCCGAGAGAGGGGACAGAAAUGACCUUGAAGAAGAAACCUUUUAUUUUAGGUGGAAAGGAAAAUCGCAUCAAAUGAGCAGAAUACUGCCCAUCCCAGAGAUGGCUAACUCAGCAAGAUCCAGCUGGUUGGUGCACAAGCCUUCCCUUACAUCGGAGGAAUCUAAAACUGACGGGACCUGUGGUAGUCAGGCUAUUGUGCAUCCUGGUUUAACAGGGACUGAAGGAUUUUCCAGGAAGUGGAACUUGAAGGCUAAAGUCAGGAAUGUCCAUCUCAUUGACCCACAUGCACAGAGGGUAGAUAUGGAGGAAGAGCAGGCCCAAGCAUAGUCCAGGGCAAACAUUCUCCACGGAGGCUCUUGGAGAGCAAGGCAGGUCGUUCAAAGGCAGUUUUGCCAACGGUUCCCUUCAGCUCUCAUGUCUGUCUAAAGCCUGAGCCUCAUCUGCAGUCAACUGUAGCCUGCCAAGAUGGACUGUGACAGGUCUCCCUCAUGACUCAGGGGCUGUCAUCUCAGGCUGUUGUCCUCAUGCCCUUUUUAUGUACUUGCCAGCCAUAGAAAUUCCUGCUGGACGAGUAAGUCAUUCUUGUCACCCCUACACUUUGCUCCCAGCCCUCUCCCAUGCGUGUACAUACACACACACACACACACACACACACACACACACACACACUGUCACUAGACAGGCAACUCUGCAAAGGACACUGUACAAGAUAUAUAAGAGCGAUUUCAAACUCAGACAUCUGGUAUACCCUGUUCUCAUGUGUAUCAAAUAAAUACAGACCAGGUAAAGAGAAAGCCCUAGUACAGGUACCUUGCAAUCAACCAUGCUUGGUUCAACCUUGACACAUCAGGUCUCCAUGUACUUGUAUAAGGCAGUGAUGGCCAGUGCCAGCCCAGUAGUAGGCAAGAUUGAACAUGCUGUCAGGAAGCCCGUGCAUGACAUCAUUUCCUACUGUUUCAAGAAGGGUGAAAAUAAAUGCCACUGGAAAGAGUCUUCUAAGAGUCAUCGUGGUCGAAAGCUAAAGUUUCGCUUCCACUUGAUAGUAUUAUAAAAUAAUAUAUGAGAACACAGAAUGGACUUAGUCUUAAGACCUGGAAGUGGGGGUGACAAAGUCUUAGCUCCCCCACUCUUCUCAGAGUCUGGAGACGUAAGCGGAGAAGUGCAGGACCAGUGUAAUGAAUGAACAUACCAGUGUGCUUGGCAGCACCGUGUGGCCAUACAGGCCCCCCUCUCAGACUGGGUUGCUAACACCAGUCUCUCCCCACACCUCCAUUAUAUUGCCUUUUCACAUUUGCUAGGCAAGUGGGCAUGCAUAUCCUUACUUGGUUAUGAAAUAUUGAAAUACUUCCAGGAGAGUCUCUCCCUCUGCUUCCUGCCUGUCCUCCCCCCAAGGUCCUGCCCUUUACCUAUACUUGAGGCAGAAAGAGCAGCUAAUACUCAUCCAAGACCAACCGUGAGUGGACGCUCUCACUACGUCUCCACAGAGCCAACAGCUUCUCAUUCUAAAGCAAGGGAUCCCUAGAGUUUGGAGCUUCAUGUUGGGGUUAGGAAGUGACAGAGGCAGUGGGAGGCUAGAGGGGCAGGGAAUGCCACAGAAUCCCUGAGGGCAUGGAGACUAGAGUGACUGAGAUAACAAUCCCAGUGUUGUAGGUAGCCUUUGUAACAAGCCCCAGCAAGGUUUUACCCCUUCCCACUGCCUCUAACCCAAAAGAGGCUCUGACGCCAAAAGAUCAGCUGACAUUCAUAUUUCUGUGUGAAAGAAAAGGACUAUGGAGAAGGUAUUUCGACAAACCAGAAGGUAUGGAUUCCUGCCCUCCACCUUGAUUCUGGGUCACUUCUCAACACUACCUUGAGUCUCCAGCCGUACCACUUUGAUUGUGACAGAUAUCAAUGAAGAUUCCUCCUUUUAAAAAAAAAAAAUAGCCACCUCCACUUGCACACCAACUGGUAGUCUAGAGACACUACCUCUCUUUAGGUAUCCCUAAGUGUGGUAUCUGGAAACACAGGAGUUGGCUCAGUGAAUCCCAGACUCUAUUUACCUAUUUAUGCUUUUUGUUUCUAUACUUCAGUACUGGAUAGCUUGUCGAUGGCAGAGAGAAUUGGCCUUUACACCACAGGCCAAGUACAACAUGGACACAGGAGAUGAAACCAAUUGGUCCUCUCAAGAGUUUUGACCCCCCUCCUAUAGGAUGCAAAACUUGAUAUGGUCAGAGUUCCUGGGUUUGAUGAUUUUUAGCAUGUUUAAACAUGUCUAAAGAACAGGACCCUGCCUCAAAAAACAAAAAAACAAAACAAAAUAAAAAAGAGCAGGAAAAGCCCACCCAGUGGAAAUGACUAUGGAUUUUAGAGCUUUAGGCUACUCAGAACUGUGACCAAAGCUGACUUUUCACACUGAGGAGACCAAACAGGUGCCAACACUCCAGGCUGCAGGCAGGAAGCUUAGGGGCAGAACCUCUCUGCCUUGAAGGGUUUGUGAAAAUGCUGUGCUGGGUUUUUCUGGGCCAUGAGGAAUGAAAGUGAAGAUAGGUGAAGGACAGCCCCUUCCAUGUCUUAUAACCAGAAAUCACUUUCCCCAGGGUUGCAUAACCACUUACUUCCAGCAAGUGAGAUGUGGGGCCCCCCUUGCAUGUCCUCCAAAACCAGUGCCCAUCCCUUCUCACACUCUGACAACUUCCCUUUCCCUUAACCACAUUCCAGACCAAACACUGUUCAGUUUGUUUCCAAAAUUAAAAACCAAUGUAUAUAUCUGUAUGUACUCCACUGCUCUGUAGGGGGUUUCCUGGUCCUAGGGUGGGGCUGCAGGCAGAAAAGGUAUUCCAAUCCUUUGGUUUUCAGAAUUGAACGUUUUGAAGUGAUUUGCUUGGUUGGUUGGGGUUUUUUUAAUUUUGUUUUUCAAGCUAAGCUGGGAAAGUAGAUUUUGAAAGGCAAACUUCCUUCCUGGAAACUCCACAAACAUUUCUGUGCGGAAGAGUUAGUUUGAAAUCUUCAACUCUGGGAGGUAGGCAAGUCUAAAAGACAAGGAAGAAGAGGAAAAGCCACAUCCCAUCUACCAGGUCCCUUCUUGGUGGUCUCAAUGCAUGAACGUCUGUCUGCAGCUCUGGUGUGUGCACAGGAACCUAGCCCCACUGUGAAGACAGCCCUGCAUGCUGGCCACAGCCUGGCCUGCCUUCUCCCAGCAGAAUCUUCAUAAUCAUCAGGGAGGCCUUCGCCCUGCGCAGACUUCCCUGUGAACUCCAGUGGGAGCAGCUCAGCUUGUGGCUUUAUGGGUUCUACUUCUGCAAACCCAAAGGCUGUGCAUUUGGAAGCCAAAUAUUCAGUUCAGCAUGUGGCUGCCAAGUCUGGUUUUGUGGACAAAGCAAACUGUGCAAUGGCUUCUCUGUGUCUGUAUUUUUCUAAGCCAAAGGGACGAACUAUUGCAUUGACAUCCUGCCCCCUGUACUAAAGCUGCUUCCGCAGUCUCCAUGACCAUUCUUAACCUUUUUUGUCUCUGGGGGGAUUUGUCAUAUAAUUACUAUGUCCUCUGAUGUUUUACCAAACUGUGUUGCUUAUAGGUGAUUUUAUUUUCCUUAUGGAUGGGAAAAACAGAAAAUGAGAGACAUCUUUGAGGCUUUAGUCAAAGACAUCACUCAAAAGUUCCAAACACUAGUUAACUUGUUUCUCAAUAGGAAAAAAAUCUUAGUUUGGAUAGACAAUGAUUCUGAGGCCCUCCUGAAUAACCCUGCACUUUAGAAGACAACACCCUGGGGCAGAGCUGGCAGUGAGGCUACAAAAGAGGGGGUGGUGGUGAGGAAGGGACUAGAACAUCAUCUCGGAUGUUUGUCCCACACUACAGGAGCUGCAGCUCUUCUUGACAGGCACUUGGCCAUUUCAGGGCAACGUAAGGCUCUGUCCAGUGUUACAGCAGCAGGGCUGCAUGUUUCAGAGAACAUUUAUCUUAGCCCACAUUUGGGUGAGAAGACACCAAAGGUAUAUUCUGCCCAGAAUAUUGGAAUAAUGUCUAAAUUGGCUUCUGUAGCUAUUUAUACAUGAUAUAAUUUGUCUCCAUUCAGCUCUCUCCCAAUGAUGGGCAUGUUUUCCCAACAGUUUCCAUCAAGUCCAGGAUUGGCCCACUCAUUAUUACCAGGCUUGCGAUUGGUUUGGUUUUGGUUUUUGGUUUUUUGGGUUUUUUUUAAAUUAUUAUUAAAAACAUGCUUAUCCAAAAAAUAAAAAAAUAAAGUAAAAAAAAAAAAAGUAAAAGAAGGGAAACUGUGCAUUUAUCCCAUGCAUGUAGUAAACUCUGCAAGAAGUUUAACCCCCAUAAGUUUGCGGCACUGCAAAAUUGUUCAUGGGUCUAUGUAGCAAAUGAUUCUCUGCCUUGACAAUCAUGUAUACAUAUCGAUUUCUAUCAUAAUGAUAAUGAGAUUGGUGACUUCUUGUUUUCCUCCAAUAAAGAGAAUUAAUCACCUUUGGA